UUAAAACCCUAUGCGCGCUCCUGGUCGACAAACAGAAGACGAAGAGAGUUGAAAAAAGCGCAAACAUUUAGCAAUCUGUCUGUAAAUUAGUAAAUAUCAGAACAUUAACUAGCUACACAAUGUCUGAAGAAAAGCCAAAGGAAGGUGUGAAGACUGAAAACGACCACAUCAACCUAAAGGUCGCAGGUCAAGAUGGGUCAGUUGUUCAGUUCAAAAUUAAAAGGCACACUCCGCUCAGCAAGCUGAUGAAGGCCUACUGCGAAAGACAGGGUUUGUCAAUUAGACAGAUACGGUUUAGGUUUGACGGACAGCCAAUCAACGAGACGGACACACCUGCACAGCUUGAGAUGGAAGACGAGGAUACUAUUGAUGUAUUUCAACAACAGACCGGAGGAGGCUCCUUCCUCUCGGAGGCGUCUCUUAAAGGUGUAUGGACCCCUCUGAGGCUCCUCCCCCUCUGAGGACAGAAACACGAAGAGCAGCAACUUUUUUAUUAUUAUUACAUAAUUGUUCCGCUUUUUUUUAUUUUUUGUUUUGUGAUCGAUCUGCUCGUAGCCAUGGUCUUAUCCUUUUCAAGCCACCAAUCCACAAAUGUCUUGUUGAUAUUCAUAUUGAGGAUGGACUAUAAACUGCUUGGAGUCGUGUUUUGGAGAAUGUGUGUUUGUUUCACACACGGGGAUGUGGGGGGAGGUUCAACUCAUUCAGGAUUUGUUCCAAAUGGCACCCUAUUCCUCUUAUAGUGCUCUACACUAAACAAAGAAGUGCACUAUGUGGUCAAUAGGGUGCCAUUUGGGACACGUUUUAAAUCUACCAUAGGUUGAGGGACUUGGUGUUGAACAGGUCUCAUAAUAUGCAAACGUUUUUUUUUUUGUCUGCUGUUUUUAAGUACAUUUUGCAAAAUAUACAGUCCAAGUGAUCAAUUGUAAUUUUAAACCUGUACAAUGUGUUGAAGGAAUAUUGGUGAAUGGGGUUCUCUACCGCUGGUGCCAUUAGAUUGAAUUGCUGUGUCUCUCUGGAACAAAGGCUUUACUGAAGAGAACAGAAACGUCUGAUCGAAAAGGGUCAAGUUUCAGGUCUAUUUUCAACAUCGCUUGAAAGGAUGCUACUCACCAUGUCUGUUUGGUUUCCCCUCCCCCUUCCUCAGAGAUUUAAGGGAAGUCGUUGACAUCCUGCUUUAAGCCCAUCCCACUGAAUCACUAUUUUAUGACAAAAUAAAAGGGAAUCCACCUUUGACCUUUCUGUUUCUCUAUAAUCAGACUUGAUGAAUCUUCCCACUUGCCUUCAGACAGGUGUGGUGUUCUACAGGUAGCACAGGUCCACUAAGUCCUUCUGUUGCUCUAAUGAUUUGUACAUUGUCUUUUACUACUGUAUACAAUAAAUAUAGUUUGGUACUCA